AUGAAGCGCUGGGGACAGCCGGAUGCUCCUGUAACUCAGGCCUCAUUAGCCAAUCAGAGCCUCGAGGCGCACUUCAGUGGAGGCGGGAAUUUCCGGCCCGCCAUUCUCAGGUUUGACUGCGAGUCUGAGGGAAGCUCUAGUGUGUCCCGUGCUUUGCGCUGUGACCGGCUACUAGGAGCUGUGAGGAAAGCGGGCGAGCUGGGGAUCCGCGCCAUGGAUGCGGUGACCUAUGAGGAUGUGUAUGUGAAAUUCACUCAUGAAGAGUGGGCUUUGCUGGAUCCAUCCCAGAAGAGUCUCUACAAAGAUGUGAUGCUGGAGACAUGCAGGAACCUCACUGCUAUAGGUUACAAAUUGGAAGAUGACAACAUUGAAGAACACUGUCACAGUUCCGGAGGACGUGGAAGGUAUAACAUCUAUAAUUGCAGAUACAAGCCUUGCGAACAUAGGGGACACAGCAAGAAGCAAUGUACCUUUGCACAUAAGCGUUUUCUUCAAACAUAUGGAAGGAUCCAUACUGAAGAGAAACCCUAUGAAUGCAAUCAGUGCAGUAAAGCCUUUGCAAAUUUCCGUAGUCUUCAAAAACAUGAAAAAAAUCAUACUGUAGAAAAACCCUAUGAAUGUAAUCAGUGUGGUAAAGCCUUUCCAAGUCCCAGUGCUCUUCAAAUACAUGAAAGAACUCACACUGGAGAGAAACCCUAUGGGUGCAGUGAGUGUGGGAAAGCCUUUGCAAGUAAAGGUAAUCUUCAAACACACAAAAGAACUCACACAGGAGAGAAACCCUAUGGGUGCAGUGAGUGUGGAAAAGCCUUUGCGUGUUUCAGUUAUCUUCAAAUACAUGAAAACAUUCACACUGGAAAGAAACCUUAUAGAUGUAACCACUGUGGUAAAACCUUUACACGGCGUAGUAGUCUUCAAAUGCAUGAAAGAGGUCAUACUGGAGAGAAACCUUAUGAAUGUAAUCACUGUGGUAAAGCCUUUGUUUGUAGCAGUAGUCUUCACAGGCAUGAAAUAAUUCAUACUGGAAAGAAACCCUAUAUGUGUAAUCAGUGUGGUAAAACCUUUGCCCGUUGUAGAAAUCUUCGAAAUCAUGAAGAAUAUCAUACUCUUGAUAAACCACAUAAAUGUACUCUUUGUGGUAAAGCCUUUGCAAAUCACAGGAACCUUUAUAUACAUGAAAAAUAUCAUGCUGGAGAGAAAUUGCACAAAUGUACUCAAUGUGGUAAAGCCUUUACACGGUCCAGUAGUCUUCAAAUUCAUGAAAGAAGUCAUAGUGGAGAGAAACCUUAUGAGUGUAAUCAAUGCAGUAAGACCUUUGUAUGUCGCAGUAGUCUUCAAAGGCAUAAAAGAACUCACAGUGGAGAGAAACCUUAUGAAUGUAAUCAGUGUGGUAAAGCUUUUGCAAGUCGCAGUUUUCUUCAAAUACAUGAAAGAAUUCAUACUGGAGAGAAACCUUAUGUGUGCAAUCAAUGUGGUAAAGCCUAUGCAAGUGGUAGUAGUCUUCGAAAUCAUGAAAAACGUCAUGCUAUUGAGAAACCUUAUAAAUGUAAUCAGUGUGCUAAAGCCUUUGCAUGUCUCAGGCGUCUUCAAAUACAUGAAAGGAAUCAUACUGGGAAGAAACUUUAUGAGUGUAGUCAAUGUGGGAAACCCUUUACAAGUCAAAAUAGUCUUCAAAUACACAGGAGAACUCAUACCGGAGAGAAGCCAUAUAAAUGUAGUCAAUGUAGUAAAGCCUUUGCAUGUUGCAGUAAUCUGUAUAGACAUGAAAGAAAUCAUUCUGGAGAAAAACUAUGAAUAAUCAUUGUGGUAAAUCAUUCGCAUAUUCGAGUAGACUUCAUAAUCACAAAAAAUGUCAUUCUGAAGAGAACCCCUAUGGAUACAAUUGAUUCAGUAAAGCACGUUAGUGUAAACUUCAGAUACAUUAAAGAUAUAAAUUGGAGAGAAACCUGACAAAUGUAAUCAAUGUGAUACUGCCUCUGCGUGUUACUGGUUUCUUUAAGGUUAUGAAAGAAUUUCUACUGGAAAGAAACUCCAUGAAUCUAAUAAGUGCAGUAAAGACUUACAUAUCAAACACAUUUUCCUACUGAGACAUCUCAUUGGUGCUUAUGUAAGAUUAGUGGAGCUGUUUCAUCUUUAAAAUAUUGUCUUCUUUUCAAAAUGUAUACAAAUUGUCAUCCAAGGAUAGAGGAACACAAUAAUUUGAAUAAAAGAGUAAAUAGGUAGUAGACACCUGUAAGUUGUCAUCUGACUGGAACAUGCACACCAGAGGAUAGUUAUAUACACACAGGUAAAAUUUAUUAACGAUGAAAUUAAA